AUGAUCACACUCCUCCAGCUUCUCGUCAUCGCGGCACCAAUCUUCCAGGUGAUCACAGCCUCUGACCCCGAUCCCCUCCAGGACUUUUGCGUGGCCGACCUCGCAAAGGACCUCACUCUCAAUGGCUAUCCUUGCAAGCGAGCGGCCAACACCACCACCGAGGAUUUUAUCUUCUCGGGCCUUCGAAACUCCGCAAACACCAGCGGCCCAACGGGAGCCGCCGCGGUGUUUGGCUUCGUCCAGGACUAUCCGGGGCUCAACACUCUCGGCCUCGGCAUAGCCAGGCUCGACUGGGCUCCCGGCGGUCUCAUCCCUCCACACACGCACCCGCGAGGCUCGGAGAUCAUCUACGUCGUGAAGGGGAGCUUGUACGCCGGAUUCGUCACCACCCAGAACCAGCUCUUCGCUCGGGUCAUCUCCAAAGGCGACGUGAUGAUCUUCCCGCGGGGUUUGAUCCACUGGCAGCUCAACGUUGGCAACACCACCGCCAUGGCCAUCGUGACGCUGGAUUCGCAGUCACCGGGCUUCCAGCUGAUCGCAAACUCCAUGUUUGGAUCGGAUAUCCUGGACGAGGUGCUCGUCAAGACCUUCUUUAUUGACGAGAAUGCUGUCCGGCAGCUCAAGGCGACGUUCUCUUGA